AUGACAUUAUUCUCCAAGCUCACCAAAAGUCAAGAGGAGCGUCCCCUUCAACCAGAGAGUCCGCCUAUCAAAUACAAAUUAGCAAUGCCGUACAUCGAGCCAAUCAAACGGAUGAGAUGGCAAGAUGCUUACGGGCAUGAGUGUCGAAUCUUCAAACAUGAACUCUCAGAAUUAUCGCGCACCCUGAGAUAUGACCCAAAACAACUCGGAUUCGAUCGCAUCGAUAUUGUCUGCAAACGACUGAUGGCCCUCUCCUUCCAGAUACAGCGAGUUCUAGAAGCCGCAAAUGGCAUGUUUGAAGAAAAUGCGGACAGUAAUUAUGUCCGGCGGGCACCGCCUGGAUGGUUCGUUGACAGAGUUGAGGAUGCCGAGAUUGAGAUCCAGUGUUCUAUAUUGGAAUAUAAUUUAUGUAAGAAGGCAGAGCAACUUCGAGAGGAUCAUUCCAUGGACCUGAUGGUAGCUGCGUAUCUUGAGACGAUGAUGGAAGAUUUCGAGAAGGACUUUGGUGUUUAA